ACGGCGCACGCUGUCAGUGGCCCUAAACACAUCAACAAGAAAGUCAAGAUAAUCAAAGUUUAUUUCUUUGCAAGGUUACAUUGAGAUUAUGAAAUUACAAUUAUGGGGGAAUACAAAUCAAGGGACUUCAACUGUUCCUGUGCCCAGUGUUUCCACCCUUGCUGAGGACCAAACCACAGACACUCAGCAAACAACAAUGGCUCUUAAACGUUUUAUAGCUGCCUAUCGUAAUUUCUUUUUCCCAAGCCCUGCAAAGCCUCCCUAUAUUCACAUAUGUCAAGUAGGGGACCCUGUGUUAAGAUUGGAAGCUAAACCCGUUCCAUCUGAACAUAUCACUUCUCCUGAAAUACAACAGAUAAUAUCUCAGAUGCAGCAAGUAAUGAAAAAAUAUGAUUGUGUUGGUCUAUCUGCACCCCAGAUUGGUAUGCCACUAAGAAUAUUGGCACUUGAGUUUUCAUCAAAGAGAAAAGAAGAAUAUGGCACAGCAGUAUAUACUGCUCGAGAUAUGUCAGUGAUACCAUUCACGGUAUUUUUAAACCCUCAACUGGAGGUUACUGACUUCAAGAAAGUUGUGUUUCCUGAGUCAUGUGAGAGUUUAAGAGGAUACAGUGGUGUUGUGCCUCGCUACCAAGCAGUGAGAUUAACAGGAGUUGAUCGAAAUGGAGAACCUAUAAUACUGGAAAGCAGAGGCUGGAUAUCCAGAAUAAUACAGCAUGAAAUGGAUCACCUUGAUGGGAAAUUAUAUAUUGAUCUUAUGGAUCCUAAAAGUUUUCAAAAUGAUGCAUGGCACAAAAUCAAUGUACACCAAGGAAGAAUUCAAAUAAAUUUCUAUAAAAAAUAACCAGUUAUGAAGUAACAUUUGUUCUGAAUAAUUUAUAUUGUAGAACUGUAAUAUAAAAUAAUUAAAGUUCAAAAUUUA